AACUUUGUUAAAAAAUAAACGUGUGAGUGUCAGUUUGAAGUUUUUUGAAACCAGGUUCCUUCAAAUUCAUAGCUGUCAAUGCUCGUCUUAUUGUGAAAUCGUGCUCAAGAUGCCUCUAACCAACGCCCAACUACUAAUAACAGCCAACUUUCUGCAUUUUGUAGCGUCAGGAUUAAUGAAAUCGUCCUUCAUCGUCCACUUCGUGUCGAACGGAGGCAACUACUUUAUUCUAGGUCUGUUAGUGUCGUCUUCCUUCGUGGCUGCCACCCUGUCGAGAUAUGUAGUCGCCAUCAUCGACCUCAACAAAAAAUUCGCAAUCACGUUUUGUCUAUAUUCUACUUUUUGCACUUAUUUUUUGUUGAUGUUUUCGUCCAACCGCUGGACGCUUUGGCUUUGUAGAACGUGCUAUGUACUCACCAAUCAGAUCUACGAUCUGUCGCAAGAGUUCUUGGAAACGAACGAAGAGUUCUCUCUGAGGGGUUUAUCGCAUCUGCUCAAAGUAACCAAGUUUGCGGGUACCAUAACCGGUGCCAUCGUGGGUGGUUACGUUUACGACGCGUCUGGUAGUUUUCUUUCAGUGGCGGCGGGUACUAGUCUUGUCACACUUCUAGCUAUUAGUUUCGUACAAAAUCUAGAACCGGAAGUUAGAAAUACAAGGAAUAGAUUGUCGCUGCAGCCUUUAAGAAAAUAUUCCUCUGGAAUAAAACUCUUACAGUACAGACAGUAUCCGCAAAAGUGGAAGAGGGUGGUACUAAUGCUGGCGUUCACUUUCGUUUAUAAAAUUUAUUUCUCGGGGUUCAUUUUUCUGGCGAAUUCGCCAGACGAAAUCAGUACUAUUUUGAUAGGGUUUUCCGUGGCUUAUCGACGCAUUGUGAUGUAUGCGUAUAAUGUCGUAGUACCGUUUAUGCAGAAGAUGGAUAUAAACACGAACCUCCUCUUCGAUUACUGUUUGUCUGUAUCCGCUAGUUCUUUCUGCGUACUUUCUCUAGUCCCCAAUCGUGCGACUUACUUCUUCGUUUUUCCCCCGUUGGUACUCACCCACACACUCAUCCACUCGUUCUUCGGGAACGAUAUUAUGCAUUUACGAGGCGCCAGAGGCCUAGUCGAGUCCGGUAUUUUAAUCAAAGACUUAGUUUCCUUAUUCGGACCCUUCUUUUUUGGAAUUUUGAGCCAACACUUCCCGCUGAUGGCGUUUCGCACGUUGAUGAUCUUCCCCAUAAUGGUAUGCGGAUACCUAUGCGAGCAAAGUUUUUACUCCAGAGAAACUUGA